GUGUUGAAGCAAACAGAUUCAAUCUCUCUCCGGCAUCAGUUAUCAUCGAACAACAAUGUCCCGGUUGAAGAGAAUGGCGGCGAAACAUGUUGGGGAAUCAUCUGGAGGUACAAAGCGUAAUAAAGCCUCAACUGCAAUCGUUGUAAGCAAUAGGAUUGAUGCAACUGAUGAUGGGGCAACGCUCCUAAUCAAAAGGAAUACAAGAAAUUUUGUGAAGAUUUUACAAUGUUUGAAUGAAAAACAAAUAGCAGCAGUUACAGAAAUGGGGUUUGGAGAACUUAUACAUUACAAUGUUUAUGCAAUACCAAGAGAGUUGGCCUAUUGGUUGUUAAACAAUUUUGACCCAAUUAAAUGCAACAUUGCGCUACCAGGUAGUGGGCCUGAUUUGCACAUAGAUGAAAGUGAUGUAGAAUUGACAUUCGGUUUUCCACGAGGUGACGUCAGAGUAGAAAGGAUUGACAGGCAGGAUGAUCUAACCAUAAUGAGUAAGAUAGCAGGUGUAGUGGGUAAAAAAAGACCAAACGUUAAAGCUAGUAAGGUUGCAGAGGAGAUGUUGAAGGACGUUGAAGGUGGAGCUUGGUGGAGCUUGGUUUAA